GGCUUCUUGUUGCCAGUAUAGGUCCUGCUCCUGUCCAUCCCAACAGCCCCAGAUACAAGUUCAACUUCAUAGCUGACGUGGUGGAAAAGAUGGCUCCUGCUGUGGUUCACAUAGAGCUCUUCCUCAGACAUCCUCUAUUUGGUCGUCAUGUCCCUCUGUCUAGUGGUUCUGGGUUCAUCAUAAGCCCCUCUGGACUCAUCGUAACCAACGCUCACGUGGUAACCGCUGCUGCCACGGUAACGGGCCGACCACAGCUCCGCGUGCAGCUCCAUGACGGGGGAGCGUAUGAGGCCACGGUCCGGGACGUCGACAGGAAGUCGGAUAUCGCCACCAUCAAAGUCAACCCUCGGAAGAAGCUUCCUGUUCUGUCUCUGGGCCGGUCAUCUGAUCUGAGACCAGGGGAGUUUGUGGUUGCCAUCGGCAGCCCCUUCGCACUCCAGAACACCGUUACCACGGGGAUUGUGAGCACGGCCCAGAGAGAUGGGAAGGAGCUGGGCAUCAGAGACUCAGACAUAGACUACAUUCAGACUGACGCUAUCAUCAACUAUGGUAACUCAGGAGGACCUCUGGUUAACUUGGAUGGGGAGGUGAUAGGCAUCAAUACUCUCAAGGUGACAGCAGGAAUCUCCUUCGCUAUUCCUUCAGACCGGAUCAGACGCUUUCUCACUGAGUCACAGCACAACAAACACAAUGCAGGUAACCACAGAAUGCUGAGUGGUCGUUACCGUAUUCCAGAACCCCAGUCAGAUGCAGUAACGACAGGAGAGAAGAAGAAGCGUCUGAUAGGCAUUAAGAUGCUCACUGUCACAGAUGGUCUGGUAGAGGAGAUGAAGAAGCAGAAUCCUGACUUCCCUGAUGUCUCCAGUGGAGUGUUGGUCCAUCAGGUUAUACCUGAGUCCCCCGCACACAGGGGCGGGAUUGAUGCCGGUGACGUGAUCCUCAAGCUGAACGGCCGCCCACUCAGGACCACCGACGAGCUGCGGGCGUUGCUAGGCGACGGGCCCCUCCUCCUGGAGGUUCGUCGCGGCGACGACAAACUGCUUUUCCACAUAGAGCCCCACGUCGUCAGGCAGUAAGGAGAAGAAGUCAUGGACCAGGGAAAUGUAGUUCCAUUUAGGUUUUUUUGCGGAGUUGGGGGGGGGUCAAUUCCAAUUAAAAGCUAGUCAAUUCAGUAAAUCAUUUUGAUUUAAACUUCAAUAUAUUGAACGUUUUUAAAUAAAUAGCUUUUACUUUUCAGUUUAUUGAGAAGUCAUUGAAAAUAGACAGGCUUUUUUUCCAAUUGGAAUUUAAAUUUGCGACAUGAAUUGACCUGCCUUCAGUUGGAAUUCAGGCCGACCCUGUUUUAAUGUUGUUAUGUGUUUUGACUGUGUUCUCUGUUGUGACUGGGUUGGACUCACUACAGAUGUACUGCCUGCUUCCCAAAGUGUGGGCACCAUAUUCCCUACCUGUAGUGCUUGUAACCAGGGAACUGGAGUCCAUCGGUUGCCUAUCAACCUCAUAGUUUAGCCUGGUUGCUAGGCGGUUGCUAGGCCAUUUCUGAUAUAUGUAUGUCCAAAUAUAUUCCUUAUGUAGUGCACUACUUUGGACCAGGACCCUACAUAGUGAACUAGUGCCCUAUUCCUUAUGUAGUGCACUACUUUGGACCAGGACCCUACAUAGUGAACUAGUGCCCUAUUCCUUAUGUAGUGCACUACUUUGGACCAGGACCCUACAUAGUGAACUAGAGCCCUAUUCCUUAUGUAGUGCACUACAUUGGACCAGGGCACUACAAAGUGAACUAGAGCCCUAUUCCUUAUGUAGUGCACUACAUUGGACCAGGACCCUACACAGCGAACUAGAGCCCUAUUCCUUAUGUAGUGCACUACUUUGGACCAGGACCCUACAUAGUGAACUAGAGUCCUAUUCCUUAUGUAGUGCACUACUUUGGACCAGGGCACUACAUAGUGAACUAGAGCCCUAUUUCUUAUGUAGUGCA